GCAACAGUAAAAAAAUAUUGAAACUAUUUACAAAGUUAUCAUUAUUAUUUUUUAACAUGAAAACACAAAAGUAAAUUACCGAUUUAAUAAUUUGUUGAAAGACGAAGUAUAAAAUUUUAAAUUAUUGGAUCAAAACCACUUUUAACGCAACAUGAAAAACUCACCAAUUUCAUCAUCAUCGCCCUUGUAAAGUGAAAGCCGAAGGUGCUUUGCUUCGUCAUUGUAAUUCCAAGAAUUGAGUUAGGUUUGCUUCUAAAUCGGAAACUGGAUCCGAAUUUCUGAAUGAAAUUCCACAUUCUUUCAUCUACCACUGCAAUUUCACUCAAAUGGCUACACCAUUCCUUGCUGGCCUUGCAGUAGCUGCUGCAGCACUUGCUGGUAGAUACGGAAUUAGAGCUUGGCAAGCAUUCAAGACACGGCCACCACAAGCCAGAUCACGCAAAUUCUAUGAAGGUGGUUUUAGUCCUACGAUGACAAGGAGGGAAGCAGCUCUUAUUCUUGGUAUUAGAGAGAAUGCAAAUGCAGAUAAGAUUAAGGAAGCACAUAGAAGGGUUAUGAUUGCAAACCAUCCUGAUGCUGGUGGUAGCCAUUAUCUUGCUUCUAAGAUCAAUGAAGCCAAGGAUGUGCUACUCGGAAAAUCAAAAAGCAGUGGAUCGCCAUUUUAAUGAGGUGUGCUGCUUUAAUUUUAGGAACCUUGCAAAAAAGGGGGGGGGGGGGGGGGAGUUCUUUUCCAAAUGAAAGUUCAAACAAUCUGCCAAAUGCUAUGCUCACCAAUCGAUUUUGUUCCUUUAAUCUGAGAAACAAGAUACAAUAGUUAGACUUGGACUUGUUUUUAAUGCUGAAAUGUCCCUAGAACAUAAAAAAAUAAGUACGAUUGUGAAGUCCAUUCAACAAUUGAAGUCAUGGAAUAAUGUUGUCCUUCCAUUGUAUCAUUCAUUCGCUUAUCUAAUCUCUACAGGGACUAGUUAUCCGAAUGUGUUUUCUUUAGACAUAUGUCAUCUUUCUAUUUUCCAGUCUCUUUGUGAUGUUGAAUUUGUACAACAACCUUUGUCAA